GGAGCCUAAUACAACACAGAUCAGGACAGAAGCAGCUCCAAACACAGGGAACAGAUCUGUCAUAUCCCAAGUACUUAAGAUAGUUGAGAAAAAUAAAUAUAAAAACUUUGCAAUUUUGAUUUAGGUUCUAUAUUAUUAGUCCUAAUUUGUAUGAAAGUCAAUGCCAACUUAAUUCAGCAUAAAAUGUUUAUCUCAAUAGUUUUUCUCCUCAUCCUAAGUCCUGUGUCUUCUCUUCAAGGCACACAUAAUAAGAAAAAAAAUGACACUACCAAAUUAAUGGGCCAUACUAUUAGCCAUAAUGUUCCAAAGCUAGUAACUACAUCAACCAUCAAAGCUCAUGCUGCUUCUUCAAAAAGUAGUAGUGCCAAUCAGACUCUUAUGUCCACCCCGAAGCCUGUUGUGGAUGGUCUCCAGAAACCUGUGCCUUCUCUUCAAGACACACUUAGCGAGAAGAAAAAUUCUUCUACUAAAUCAAGAGUGAACACUAUUAAUCUUAAUGUUCAGAAACCAGUAACCACAUUAUCAAACUCCAAAAUGAAAAACCAAACUAAAUCUGCUUCCUCAAAAACUAGCAGCAUCAGUCAGGCUCUCCCAUCCACUACAAAGCCUGCUGUUGAUGGUGUCCAGAAACCUGGGCCUGCUCUCCUAGGGAAACUUAAUGAGAAGAAAAAUUAUACUGCCAAGUCAAGAGCCCACACAAGUGGUCUUAAUGUUCCAAAGCUAGUGACUACAGUAUUGAAGACUAAAAUGAAAAACCAGACUCAUCCUACUUCCUCAUUUACGAGCAGCAACAAUCAGGCUCCUCCAUCCCCUACUAAGAUUGUUGUGGAUGAAAGCUCACUUAGCGAGAAGAAAAAUUCCACUUUUAAGUCAACAGAUCAAACUAUUAAGGUUAAUGUGUCAAAGGCAGUGACUAUAGUAUUAAACACCAAAACGAAAAACCAGACUCAAUCUACUUCCUCAAAAAUUAGCAACGUUGGUCAGCCUCAAGACAUUGCACAGAAACAUGUACCUUCUCUUCAGGAUCCACUUAGUGAGAAGAAAAAUUCUACUGUGAAGUCAACGGCCCAAACUAUUAAAGUUGUGACUCCAUUAUUAAACGCCAAAAUAUCCUCAACUUCUAGUAAAGUGAAUCAGACUCUCCCAUCCUUUAAAAAGCCUGAUGUGGACACCAUCCAGAAACCUUGGCAAAGUGUAAAGUCAACAGUCAACACUAUAAAACCUAAUGUUCAGAAACCAGUGACUACAUUAUUAAAGACCAAAAUGAAAGACCAAACUAAAUCUACUUCCUCAACAACUAGUAGAGUGAAUCAGACUCUCUCAUCCUCUUCCAAGCAUGAUGUGGUCACUGUCCAGAAACCUGUGCAAAGUGUACAAAACCAAAUUAGUGAGAAGAAAAAUGUCACUACUAAGUCAAUCAUCAACACUAUUAAUCUUAAUGCUCAGAAACCAGUAACUACAUUACUAAAGACCAAAAUGAAAAACCAAAUUCAAUCUACUUCUGCAAAAAACAGUAGCAUUGAUCAGACUCUUCCAUCCUCAUCGAUGCCUGCUGUAGAUGUUGUUCAGAAACCUGUGUCUUCUCUUCCAGCUACAUUUGGCGAGAAGAAAAAUACUACUACCAAGUCAGUAAGCCACACUAUCAAUGUUAAUCCUUCAAAGCCAGUAUUCACAAAAAUGAAAAACCAAACUCUUUCUGCUUCCUCAAAACCUAGUAGCAACAAUAAAACUCUUUCAUCCACACCAAAGUCUGCUGUGGAUGUCCAGAAAUCUGGCCCCUCUGUUCAAGGCACACUUAACAAGAAGAAAAAUUCCACUUUGAAGUCUAAGACCCAAACUAUUAGUCAUAAUGUUCCCAAGCUAACUACAUUAUUACAAAAUCAGACUAAUUCUACUUCCUCACAAAUCAAUCAGACUCAGUCAAUGUCCCAAACUAUCAAUGUUAAUUCAUCAAAGCCAAUAACUACAUCAUUAAACACCAAAACAAAAAACCAAACUCAAUCUACUUCUUCAAAAAUUAGCAAUGUCAAUCAGACUGAUGCAUUCACUGCCAAACCUGUAGUGGAUGGUGUCCAGAAUCCUACUAAAGACAAACCUGCAGAGAGUUCACCAGUUAAAGUAGUCAUCACUGAGGGUUGCGUUCAACAGGAGUCUCACAUAGAUGCAGGGAACAUUACCAAAAUACGAGAAACAGAGCUAAGUUUGAAUCCAGGAUCUCCUCUGGUUAUGACACAUCACAUCAACCUGGUACAAGGAGCCUGCACAGGAGGAUGUGAGACGCAGAUGGCCGCACUGAAGGACAGAGUUGAAUUUCUAGAGAAAGAGAUGUCAGUGAUUAAAAAAAUGUGUGUCCAGUGCUCAGGAAAGCAGUGCCCUAAAAACUGUAGUGGCCAGGGCAAUUGUGAAGGCGGAAAGUGUGUAUGUUUCCAGGGCUUUAGUGGCCCUGACUGCAGUGGAAAAACAUGCCCCUCUAACUGCAACAAAAAAGGGAAGUGUGUUAAGGGGAAGUGCAUGUGUCAGACUGGUUAUACAGGCCUAGACUGCAGUAAGGGUGUUGACAAAAAGAUCCCAGUAACUGUUGAAACUGUGACUAUGAAGAUGUCUACUGUCAAGCCAGACACAAAAUCUGUGAAGACAAAGCCAGACAAGACCAUUUUUGUGAAAAAGAUAGAUACAAAGGACCCAAAGAAAGACACCACAGCUAAGCCAACAUUGUCCACAAGUAAAGUCCAGUCCAAUAGCACAAAAAGCGACAAGAUUAUUAAGACUAUUGGCCAAGUUCUGCUAAAGCAUGAAGGUAGAAGACACAAGAAAUCCCAAACGGACAAGAAAAAUAAUCUUAAAGAUGAACCUGUCUAUCAGAAUAUGACUCAACGAUCUGUGAAGAAGGUUGAUGAAACCUCCAAAGUUCUAGAGAACUUGGUUAAAGGCACCAAAGGAUCAUCUAAUGUAACUACAUCCAGGACAAAGGUUACUAUGAGAACUGCAGGUGAUCAAGGGCUGGAAAGCAAGACUAAUGUUACAUUUACUAAAAAAGACAAGAAGCUAUUCCAUGGCAAUGUAACAACAAUUCUCCAAGCAGAGAGGAAUCCUGAUAAGCAUGUAAAUGGGACAAGUAUUGAAUCCAAAACUCAUAUGAAGCAUUUUAACAGAACUAGCAGCACUUUAUCAGUCAUUGGAUCAGUGGAGGUUCAUAAUAUCACUUCUACUGGGUUCAUUUUGUCUUGGGAAACUCCUAAAGAUGCAUUCAAGAACUUCACUGUAACAAGAAGGGAAAUCAGAGCAGGAAAUGAAGAUUUAGAGAAAAUUCAGGAUGGUGCAGCAGCUGAAAAUGUAACAGAUGUCCAAAGGCCCGGUUCAAACAGAACUUCAACUAAAGUCCACAGUAACAAACUUGAAGGAAGGACUGUGAAAAAGUUCUCUCAAGUUAUAGCUGGUACAGCACGGUCGUAUCAUUUCAAAGGCCUUCAACCUCAAAUGCGGUACUCUGUUUCCUUGUUUGGCUCUGGUCUUGGUCUACGAUCCAAAAUUCAUCGUCUUACAUUAUCAACUGGCCCUGAGUCACCCACUGACCUGAUGUUCAGCAAUAUAACAGAGACUUCUGUUUCAGUCUCCUGGGGAAAACCUAAAAGCAUAGUAGCAGAAUUUAAAGUCACGUACACCAACAUUGUGACUGGCGAGAGUGGCUCCAUGUCUGUUGACUCUCAACUGUCCCAUGUUCUCCUGUCUAAGCUCUCUGCUGGCUCCACUUAUGAUGUUACUGUGAGCUCAGUCCUGGAGACACUCAAGAGCGAGCCAAUCACGGCCUCCGUCACUACAGUGCCAGACUCUCCUACUGAACUAAAGGUGGUGAACAUCACAGACACUAAAGCUCUGCUAGUAUGGAAACCGUCCCAAGCUAAAGUGGACAGCUAUAUCCUCAGUUAUGGAACUACAAAAUCUCCUAAUGUGACUAUUACAGUGACAUUAUCUGGCAGUACUGUGGAGCAUCAGCUCAGAGGACUCCAUAGAUCUUCUUUGUACAUGGUGAAAAUCACAAGUCAAGUCAACCGGCUCCAGAGUAGCCCAGUCUCCACAACCUUUACAACAGGAAGUGGAGUGAAGCUUCAGGUAGUGACUCCUGUGGUGACCUUUCACUCAGCUGUGAUUUCAUGGAGGGCUCCCCGUGUAGCUUUCAAAAGUUAUAGGCUCACAUACCAGCUGAACGAGGAAGUCCAGGAGCUCAUUUUAAAUCCAUCUGUGACGCACUAUGAGCUGACUGGACUGGCAGCCUCCUCAAACUAUACUGUGAAAAUAGAGGGAGAAAGAGAUGGACAAUACAUCAGUUUUGUCUCCGCUGAGUUUACCACCGCUAUGCUCCCACACCCAUACCCCAAAGAAUGCUCAGAGGUACAGAUCAACGGGAUGAAGGAGUCAGGAGAGGCUGAGAUCUACCUUGAAGGGAAGGAUGGAGAGCCAGUCUGGGUCUACUGUGACAUGGAGACUGAUGGAGGAGGCUGGACAGUAUUCCAGAGGAGAAGGGAUGGAUCUACUGAUUUCUUCAGGAGCUGGAGAGAUUACAGCAAAGGCUUUGGUCUCCUGAGUGGGGAAUUCUGGCUGGGAAAUGACAUCCUUUACACUCUCACCAGUCUUGCUCCAAUGAGCUUGCGAAUUGACCUGCGUUCAGGAAAUGACUCAGCCUUUGCUCAUUAUGCCAACUUCAACGUUAACUCAGAGGCUAAUCACUAUGCAAUCGAGCUGUCUGGAUACUCUGGUACUGCUGGUGAUUCCAUGAAAUAUCACAACGGCCGUCCGUUCUCCACGAAAGACAAAGACCCAAACACCCUUAGCAUCCAUUGCGCUAAGGCCUACAUGGGAGGCUGGUGGUAUAAAAACUGUUACAAGGCAAACCUUAAUGGUCUCUAUGCCUCCUACUCAGACAACAAGGGUGUGGUAUGGAUAGACUGGAAGGGCAAAGAUGCUUCCCUCCCAUUUACUGAGAUGAAGCUUCGACCCUCCUAUUUCAGUCAAACGAUCCCAACAACCCAGGGUUAAAACUGCAGAGUGAAGAGUGCACAUAGCGCAAAUACACUGUACAAACUUCUACACACUGCUACUUCAGUAUUGUAUAUUUACCAACAUACACACAAAACAAAAACUGUAAAGAAAUCUGAUGGCAGCUUUGCAAAGAACAUAUCACAACCUCCAGCCAUUCACAACAACUUUUGUAAGUUAAUAUAAAGUUUUUCAAAAUGUUAUGUAGACAUGAGCAUGUGUUGAUGUACUUGUGUUAAUGGGGGUCCAUCGUUGAUAUUAACAUUUCCGCUACUGGAAUAACUGCACUGUCUUGCUCUAUUGGUACUUUUUUUUUUUUUUUUUUUUUACAUGACUGAUUUAGAAUUCCUCUCUAUGAAUUUGUUUUACUUUUUAUGUUCAACAUAUGUAGACAAAAUCAAUAAAACAAAGUGCUAACGA